GUUCAUUGGCUUCGGGUGAAGGCCCUGAGGGAUCGAUGGAUUGAAGAACUUAUGGUGGUGGAACUGGAGAUGGACUGGACAUGCAACUUCUUCUUGUGCAAAGCAACCCAAUGGGAUGAACAUAUGAGGGAGUCAUCGGUGAACCAGCGUCAGGCUCAUGCCUGCUACAUGGCAAGACAA